AAGGUCAUGUGACUAGGUUGCCGGAAGCAGCCAAUGUUAUAGCGUCCGUGCGGAAGUAGGCGGACCCACAGGGCAGCAUGGGGAUGUUGGGAGUCUUGAGCAGGUUGUUGCUGGUGAGGCAAGCGGUGCCUCCUGUCUGCGCCCAACAGAGGACCUUUGCAAAUCUAUCUCAGGCUUUUAACUUGGCGCAGGCCCCAUCCUCCUCUCAAGCAGCAGGAAACGGAAUCCUCACACGCUCUGUGCCCUCACAUUGGAGUUUGCAGCUUGUUCGCAACAGGAAGAGGGGCAUGGAAUACCAGCCAAAGUUCCUGAAGCGCAAGAGGACUCACGGGUGGCUAAAACGAAUAAGCACCAGGGGCGGAAUCGAAGUGAUCCUGCGAAGGAUGUUGAAAGGCAGAAAGUCUCUGACACACUGAACUUUCCACACCUGCCAUUCACAAAUUACACUUAAUAAUGCAAUAUAAAGUAGUUUCUGUUCAUAAUAAAAGUGGCAUGUGUACUAGUGGCA